CUUGACCGUAAUUUCCUUCAUCAUUAAGCAACGUCUCAAAUUUCCCAUUAUUAUAGUAUUUUCAGCCACUCAUUUUCUUAGUCCUACCUUCUACAGAUCACUCGUCAAUUUCCCUUAAUGGGGCAGAAGCAAUCGAAAGACGAAUUGUUGUAUCAGCAAGUGAAUUACGGAAACAUUGAUGGCAUUAAAUCGCUUCGAAGUGAAGGCGCUGGGCUUGAGUGGAUUGAUAGUGAGUGGAAGACUCCACUUAUUGUCGCUUGUAUGAAUCCAGGGCUUUACAAUGUUGCGAAAACUUUGAUUGAACUUGGUGCCAAUGUCAAUGCUUACCGUCCAGGUCGCCAUGCAGGGACUCCUUUACAUCAUGCUGCAAAAAGAGGCCUUGAUCAGACUGUGAAGUUGCUUCUUUCACAUGGAGCAAAUGUGUUAAUGAUAAAUGAUGAUUGCCAAACUCCACUUGAGAUUGCCAGAGGCAAAGGGUACAGCAAUGUUGUUCGCACUAUAGAGGGACAUGUGUGCUUAUUCUCUGGCUGGUUGCGAGAGCUUUAUGGGCCCGGCUUUCUUGAACUUCUUGCUCCUCAAUUGCUUUCAAGAAAAGUUUGGGUUGUUGUUUUACCUUGUGGUUCUCGAAAUCUUAAAAAGCCUUUUAAGUUGGAGCUUGCUAUAUAUGCCAGUGCACAGGAUGCCCAACCACGAUUAAUUAUUCCGCUGUGGAAGGCCAAUCUAGAGGAACCGAACUUCAAUCUGACUGAUCCAGCAGCUAUCGUGUCUGAUAUUGCAAGCAAGACACGAGUUAAACUUGCACAUGCCAAUGAAAGUGACAAACAGCAAUUGCAGCGUUUCUGCAAUGCAUGCAAAGGAAUUCCUCAGGUGACACACUCAACCUUUCCUGUCAAUACCCAAGUGCCUGCUGUUCAAGCAACUGCACCGCCAGCUUCAGAAGAUGAAGAAGUAGCCAUGGCAAUCAAUGCCUCCCUCCAGGCUGCUGCACACGAAGGACCACCAGUUAUCGAUUCUCAUCCAGUUGCAUCCACAAGUUCGGCCAACACUAUAGAUAGCUCGAAUCCGGGGAAUAGUGACAUUUGGGGGGCAUCUAUCACCCACAAGGGAAGUGAUGAGACUCUUCAGAAAGAAGGUCCAAGUGGCUGCCAAGCUCAGCAUAUACCAACACAAAAUAUCAUUCCAUCUGUUGUCCAAUCAACUCUCAAAAACCCAUCCACCGUCUCUGUCCCAUCAGCUCCACCCGUUGCAGAUGCAGUUCCUGACGAUGGCCCGAUCCACUAUCCAUCAAUUGAUUCGAGCCCUGUUGAUUUGUCUUCUGACGCUGUAGAUGCCUUGCUUGCUAGUCUUGACGGGAAGAUAGAAGAUAAUGCUGCUUCAUCUUGUACAAUAUGCCUGGACGCUCCAGUUGAGGGAGCUUGUGUCCCAUGUGGCCACAUGGCUGGAUGCAUGUCAUGUUUGAACGAAAUCAAGGCCAAGAAGUGGGGUUGCCCUGUAUGUCGUGCCAAUAUUGAUCAGGUGAUACGAAUAUAUGCUGUUUAAUUGUUGGAGGAGAUGAAGCUGUUACUGAUUGUAAAUUAUAUCAAGUGCCAAGAGCAGAUGGCCAACUGCAAUAUAGUAUCCUAAUCUGUAGCAUAAUAUGAGAAAACACUUGGAAUUGAACUUGUUUAACGUUUGGAAUCAGUAUCAUGAUCUUUCCUUGAGAUGGUACAAUGCCAGUGAUAUGAUUUGGUUUAUAAAAUAAUGUGUUAAACAAUAAAUAUUAAAGCUUGUGUGCAGAUUGAA